UGAAGUCCAACUGGGAGAACGCCCCCAUCCCCGCCGGCUCCCGCGCUUGGUUCGUGCGCAAUCCGGCAAGUGACCGGGAGGGUUGCGAAUCGCAUUUUCUGUCUAGGAUUCCGGCAAUCAUCUCCAAAGCAAUAAAGUUCCGGCGAUCCGCUUCAGCAAAUCAGGUGAUUCAGCGAUCUACUGCAAAAAAGGAAGGAGGUUGGCCUCCUGGACCCACUCUGCCGACUGGAUCCUCGGGGCUCGUGUUGAUUCUUGCCCUAAUUCUUCGAGAUGUCUGGAGAUGCUGACGAAUCCGAGCCCAAUAAGAGCAUUAAUGAGCCAGAUUUGCGGUCGGAUCAGCCAGAAACCGAGAUCGUUGAAAAUGCAGUCCACAGAUCGGAUUUACGGACUGGAGGUCAGCCCGUUUCUGAGAUUGUAGAAGAGACUGCAGAUCCAGGGGAAGGCGGUGCGAAGUCUGAAAUUGAGGCCGAGGGAGACGGCCAGGAGGAAGGUGCGCAAUCUGAGCCGCCGCUGAAGGAAGGCGGGCGAACAUUCACGAUGAGGGAGUUACUUGACGAACUAAAGGAGAGGAAAGGGGAGAGAAAGCAAGAGACGAGGUCUUAUGAUGGAGAGUUUGUCAGGAAUGAAGCGUCUCCGGAUGUAACUCCGCAGAAGGAGAGUCCGUCAGCUAGCCAGGAAAGCUCACAGCAGCAAUAUGUUGGUCAAAACAACGUCGCCAUGGAUUUGAUCAAUAGUGUAUCUGGAGUGGAUGAGGAGGGACGUUCCCGUCAGCGUAUUCUUUCUUUUGCUGCCAAAAGGUAUGCUACUGCAUUAGAAAGGAACCCAGAAGACUAUGAUGCACUUUACAAUUGGGCAUUAGUACUCCAGGAAAGUGCAGAUAAUGUUGGGCCAGAUUCAAGCUCACCUUCCAAAGAUGCUUUGCUUGAAGAGGCUUGUAAGAAAUAUGAUGAAGCUACUCGUCUUUGCCCUACUCUGCAUGAUGCGUUUUACAAUUGGGCCAUUGCUAUUUCUGACCGGGCAAAAAUGCGAGGCCGAACGAAAGAGGCAGAAGAGUUGUGGAAGCAGGCUACAGAGAACUAUGAAAAAGCUGUUAAACUCAACUGGAACAGCCCACAGGCACUCAACAACUGGGGACUGGCGUUACAGGAACUAAGUGCCAUUGUCCCUCUGAAAGAAAAGCAGACAAUUGUUAAGACUGCAAUCAGCAAGUUUCGUGCAGCAAUUAGAUUGCAAUUUGAUUUCCAUCGAGCAAUUUACAAUCUGGGCACAGUUCUGUACGGUUUGGCAGAAGACACAUUAAGAACUGGACGGCCAGUUAAUGCAAAAGAUAUUUCACCUAAUGAGCUGUACAGUCAAUCUGCAAUCUAUAUUGCUGCUGCCCAUGCUUUGAAACCAAAUUACUCAGUUUAUCGCAGUGCCUUGAGGCUUGUGCGUUCCAUGCUGCCUCUGCCCUACCUGAAAGUAGGAGAUUUGCUUGCACCACCUGCAGGGAAUCAACUUGCUCCACAUAAUGAUUGGAAAAGGUCUCAGUUUGUUUUGAACCAUGAAGGCCUACAACAGGUAAGCAAGACUGAACAGGCACAACCCCCGCGGAGCUCUUCUAGCAAGCUUGGAGGCAGCACAGGAACCGACAAGUCAUUAAUUAAAAUUGACAUUUCAGAGAUUAUCUCUAUAUCUCCAUGUGCAGAUCUUACACUCCCUCCAGGUGCUGGUCUGUGCAUUGAUACCACCCAUGGCCCACAUUUCUUGGUUGCUGAUACUUGGGAGACUUUGGAUGGAUGGAUGGACGCUGUUCGACUUGUUUACACCAUCUAUGCACGUGGAAAAAGUGACAUACUUGCGGGUGUUAUAACUGGCUGAUCAUCGCCGGUUGUUGGGAGAAGUGACAUGUAGCCUACACUAGAUUUGCAGGAACCUUGCGUAGGAGGGAGCUUCCAGUUUGAUUAUUUGGUUUCAGAUCAUGAAGAUGAGUUUGUCGAAAUUCUCAUGAUUUAAUUGAACGUCACAGAACGACGUGGAAGUCUAGAAGAGAAAAUGAGAGGUUUUCCCGUUCGUGGUCUCCUUGUUGGACGGCAUACAGCAGAUCUAUGCCACACAUACAACUGUAUUAGACUGAAAAGAAUCAUAAUUGGUUUUGUAUCUUGUAUACAUUAAUAAAAGAAGAUGAUGUCAGGAAUUUUCAGAUCCCUGGCAUUCCGGGCUCUCUUCAGCUUUGCAAAGCUUAGCUAA